AUGGGGAAAGAUUCUGGUGCUGCAAAGCGUAAUAAGAAAAGAAGGCUAGAAGCAAUGGCUCUGUCUCAAAGGGGUGCUCUUGAUAGAUUUAUUGUGAGGGAAUCUCAAGUUAAUUCUGAAAAUCAAGCUUCAGAUGAUAAUAUUGAUGAUGAUACUGUAGAGGUUGAUGCUCCCUUUGCAGACGCUAAUAUUGUUGAUGAUGCUGUUAUUGGCGAUCAAAGUGUUCAUCCAAAUAUUGACGAUGAUCCUAAUAUUGGCAAUGAAGGUAACGAUACUAAUGUUGCCGAUGAUAUCAAUAAUUCUUAUCAUCCUGACAUAUUUGAUCCAAGAACUUGGGAUGGACUUGAUAAAAAAAUGAUUGAUAUUUUGGUGCAAAAGGGUCCUAAAAGAGACUUGUCUAUUGAGCAUGGUCCUAAAGACAAUGUGUCCAGAAGGUUUUCUGCAGUAUCAUACAAUAGAGUUCUCUCAAAUGGAGAAAAAUUUAGCGAGAGACUUAGAGAGCAUGAAACUAGUAGAGAACAUGUGACAAAUAUGACUUCAUGGUAUGACUUGCGUCUCAGGUUUGAUAAGAACCAAACAAUUGAUAAGGUUGCUCAGAGAGAACUUGAAAAGGAAAAGGAGCAUUGGAGAAAAGUUUUGUUCAGAAUUCUUUUGAUUGUGAAAUUUCUUGCAGAGCAUAACCUAGCAUUUCGUGGCAGUAAUAGUAAGGUGUACCAAGACAACAAUGGCAAUUUCUUAGGACUGGUUGAAAUGUUGGCUGAAUUUGACCCAGUUAUCAAAGAGCAUAUUGACCGAAUCACCAAUGAUAAAAUUCGUGAUCAUUAUCUUGGCCCGUCCAUCCAGAACGAGUUAAUAAUUUUGCUAGCUGAUGCAAUCAGGUCUGUGAUCAUUGGAAAGAUAAAAGAAGCAAAGUACUUCUCUGUUAUACUUGAUUGUACUCCAGAUGCAAGCCAUCAAGAACAAAUGUCUUUGAUAAUAAGGUAUGUUGAUACAUCUUCAGGUUCUGCUUGCAUUCAAGAAUCCUUCUUAGGUUUUUUGGAUGUGAAUGAUACCACUGGGCAGGGAUUGUUCGAUGUUCUACAAGAAGCAUUGAAGAGUCUUGACCUUGAUGUAGGCAAUGUGAGAGGGCAGGGAUAUGAUAAUGGGUCGAAUAUGAAAGGAAAACAUCAAGGGGUGCAAAAGAAACUUCUGAAUAUAAAUCCAAGAGCCUUUUAUUCAGCUUGUGGUUGCCAUAGUCUAAAUUUGACUCUAUGUGAUAUGGCUAAUUCUUGUCGUAAAGCAACCGAUUUUUUUGGAGUGAUACAGCGCAUCUAUACAACAUUUGCUAAUUCCACUAAGAGGUGGCAAAUUCUUAAAGAUAAUAUAUCUGGACUAACUCUUAAGUCAUUGUCAUCUACUCGUUGGGAGAGUCGCGUUGAUAGUGUCAAGGCAGUAAGGUUUCAAAUUUCAGAUGUAAGAGAGGCUUUGUUACAAGUAGCUGAAAGUGAUAAGGAUCAUUUGACAAGCAGUCAAGCUCAAUCAUUGGCAGAACAUGAACUUGGUGACUUUGAAUUUGUAUCGUCAUUAGUCAUCUGGUUUGAAAUAUUAUCUAAUAUUAAUAUGGUGAGCAAGGAGCUACAAUCAAAGGAUAUGCUUAUUGAUGUUGCAAUUGAGUCUGUACAGGGGCUGAUUACCUUUUUCUCUAAGUAUAGAGAAACUGGAUUUUCAAAAGCACUACAAGCUGCAAAACAAAUUGCAAUGGAGAUGGAUAUUCCUCCCGAGUUUCGCACCAAGCGUAAAAUCAAAAGAAAACGACAAUUUGAUGAUAGUGCAGAUGAUACAUCUGCUGAUAUACAAUCUGCAGAGGAGUUAUUCAGGGUCAACUAUUUCAUACCUAUUGUUGAUCAAGCUAUAGCUUCACUUAAGAGGAGAUUUGAACAGUAUCAGGGGUAUGAAAAAACAUUUGGUUUCUUAUUUACCUCAGAUAGGCUGAAAUCCAUGGAUAAUGAUAGUUUGAUGGCUGCUUGCAUUAAUCUUGAGAAUGCACUUAAGAUUCCAGAACGUAUAGAUGCUGAUGGGAAUAAGAUUCCAGAACAUAAAGAUAUUGAUGGGACAGAAUUGGCUAUGGAGUUGGUGUACUUUCAGGAUUUACUUGCGAAAUCUAUGGGUCCUAUUGAUAUUUUGAGCUAUUUGACGAAGCGCCCCUAUUUACCUGUUGCUAAUAUUGCAUACAGAAUUUUAUUAACCAUUCCGGUUACAGUUGCAUCGGCGGAAAGGAGCUUUUCCAAACUCAAGUUGCUGAAAUCUUACUUGCGUACAACUAUGACGCAAGAAAGGCUCAAUGGAUUAGCAACAAUAGCUCUUGAAAAUGAUAUCCUGGAGAUGAUUAAUUAUGAAGAUGUGAUUGAAGAUUUUAUUUCAAGAAAUACUAGACGGAUGAUGCUAUUUGGUAGAACAUGA